AUGGUUACUGAUUUGCUUUUUCCAAAUAAAAAGGCAGCUCAACUUCUGCGUCAGUUUUAUUACGUGCUAAUUAUGGAUUGCACAUACAAGACAAAUAAGUAUAAAAUGCCAUUGCUACAAAUAGUUGGAUGUGUUCCAACCGGGAGAAAUUUUGUUGUUGGAUUGGCAUUCUUACAAGAUGAGAAGAAAAACAGUUUUGAGUGGGCCCUUCGAAAUGCAAGACUUCUCUUCGAUCUAAAUCAUCUUCCAGAAUUUUUGUUUACGCUUGGAGUUGUUGGUAAUUGGAACAAAAUGGUUUAUGCUGAAACAGAAGCAGAAUUUGAAGAAAGACUACAACAUUUUAAAACGACUUAUGUCAAACGUCCAAAUCUACUAAUGUACAUCGAAAAUACAUGGUUGAUUCAUGUAGAAAAAUUUGUGCACGCUUAUACAAAUAAGGUGUUGCACUUUGCAAAUCGUACCACAAACAGGGUUGAGAGUGCCCAUAAUGCGUUAAAGAGAUUUUUGAAGACAUCGACGGGGAGUUUGGACACAAUUUGGACGAGGCAUGCAUUUUUAGAACUUCAGGAGAAUGAAAUUAAAGCUAGCUUUGUCAGAUCUGCAAAUAAAGAUCUUCAUAUAAAUGUGUUACAUCUUCUGACUCAGUUCACCGGUAAAUUUUCUCAUUUGGCCAUUAAAAAGAUUCUGAAUGAAUAUAAUCGUCAUGGAGUAGACAGUAACGCCGACACUUGUGGUUGUUAUUUGCGAACUUCACAUGGCCUCCCAUGCGCACAAGAGAUGAGGUUAUUAGAUGAAGAAGGGAGGGGAAUCGAGUUAAAUAGCGUUCAUGUGUUUUGGAGAACUCUUCAUAUGGAGGGUAGUACUUAUUCUUUUGAUUAUCACCACACUCAAUUUGAAGAUGACGAUAACAUUUUGUGA